GCUGGAGUUGGUGUUCUCCUACCUGGAGCUGUCGGAGCUGCGGAGCUGCGCGCUGGUGUGCAAGCACUGGUACCGCUGCCUGCACGGCGACGAGAACAGCGAGGUGUGGCGGAGCCUGUGCGCCCGCAGCCUGGCCGAGGAGGCUCUGCGCACGGACAUCCUCUGCAACCUGCCCAGCUACAAGGCCAAGGUACGUGCUUUCCAACAUGCCUUCAGCACUAAUGACUGCUCCAGGAAUGUCUAUAUUAAGAAGAAUGGCUUUACCUUACACCGAAACCCCAUCGCUCAGAGCACUGAUGGUGCAAGGACCAAGAUCGGUUUCAGUGAGGGCCGCCAUGCGUGGGAAGUAUGGUGGGAGGGCCCUUUAGGCACCGUGGCAGUGAUCGGAAUUGCCACGAAGCGGGCCCCCAUGCAGUGCCAAGGUUACGUGGCAUUGUUGGGCAGUGAUGACCAGAGCUGGGGCUGGAAUCUGGUGGACAAUAAUUUACUACAUAAUGGGGAAGUCAAUGGCAGUUUCCCACAGUGCAACAAUGCACCAAAAUACCAGAUAGGAGAGAGAAUCCGAGUCAUCUUGGAUAUGGAGGAUAAGACUUUAGCUUUUGAACGUGGAUACGAGUUCCUGGGGGUAGCCUUUCGAGGACUUCCGAAGGUCUGCUUAUAUCCAGCAGUUUCUGCUGUAUAUGGCAACACAGAGGUGACUUUGGUUUACCUUGGAAAACCUUUGGAUGGAUGACAGUGGCUUUCUUGGGAUCAAAGACAAUGGAGAAGAAAUCUACUUGUGGAAAUUAGAAUCAUGAAGUGACAGUGUCAUAUGUGCAUGCCCAAGAAACAUCCUGAAAAACAUGAAGUCAGCUGGAGAAGCAGCUCUACAACAAAGAUCACUUUAGCGUUUCCUCUUUCCACUGGGCCAGAAAAAUCCUCAGGGUUGCAGUUGGUUGAGUGGGCAGUUGGCAUAUGCAUGUUGCAACAGAUUCUGUCUCUAAGCUAGCAAUGUGUUCUUUCCAGCUUUAGGUGAGAGUUAGUGAUGCUGUCAAAGGGAUAAGAUAAAGAAAUAACCAGAUUCUAAGGUGGUGUGCUUGUGAAGAAAGAUGGAUUGUAUCCACAACUGCCUGCUCUUUCUCCAGUCCCCUUUCCAGCGAGCCUGACCAUUAGGAAAGUAUGAAACUGGUUGGGUUUAUUUCAUAUUUUUAAUAUAUUGAGAAGCAUGGUCUGCCCGGACUGCACUUCUCUAGCAAUGAGAAAUAAAAUUGUGCAGCUAUUUUAAAAGUUGUAUAUAUAAUAUGUGUGUAAAAAAUGUAAAAAAAAAAAAAAAAAAAGACAGGGACUGCUUUGUUCUAGUUCAGUUUCUUAAAAACCACUAUAUGGUACAAAAUUAAUAACAUUUGGGGACAGUAGGGUAGCCACAAAGAAGAAGAUUUUAAGAUGAAAUGUGUUAUAUUGGCUCAUUUUGUAUUAUUUUUGGCCUAAAAAGUUUCCAUAGCUCUUAGUCUGUCAUCAUUGGGAUUGUUAAAAAAAAUUUUUUUAAUCAGAAUUAUAGUAAGUAAUCCUUAAUUUCCUACAGGAAGCAAAUGUAUUUCUAAUUAUGUGUGCUAGGGUGAUCUAAACAUAAUAGUAGAAUGUGCAUCUCUUGGUAUCCAGUUUUAUUUUUUGGCCCUCUAAGAAAAUGUCUCAUAACAGUAAAUGUCCUCACUAUGAACGCUACUAGAGAAUUCAUUAAUGGUCUUUAUUUUCUAGCUUUACAGUGCUGUACGUAUUAUCAAAACCUUUAAUUUCAUAUUGUUUACAUCAUGUAAAACCCUAAGCCUCCAUUUGUUCAUUGUGGCAAUCAAGAAAAUGUUUACUCACCCAUCUGAUGAAACAGUGCCAACCUGAGUCCAGGUUAAGAAUGUUCUUUUUUUUGUUCGUUUUCCUCAGCCUCCUGAGUGGUGGGAUCACAGGCGUGCACCAUCACGCCCGGCCAAGAAUGUUCUCAAUCUCAUUCUAGGUCACUGCUCCCUCGGGACUUGAAAUCCAAGCUCUUGUGCUAAAAGCUUCAGGUGGCAAUAUUUUGAAAGUUCCAUUGCAGAAGAGUUUAAUAUUACUUCCUAUUUGAUAAGAUUUAACUCUUCAUUAAUACCCUUUUGAAUUAAUCCAAAACACAUGAGCUGUGAUUUUUCUUUUGUUAGAAGAAAAGCAAAACAUCUUUCUGUUUGAAAAUGUACAUUUCAGACACAUAAUAAU